AACACUUUGAAGUUAUUCAUCAUUCGUAAUCGUUUGCUCAACACGUCUUCCUCCCUCUGGAAACAUGAAGAAUAUAUACUUAUUCUCUGCUUGCUUCUUCAAUUUGUUGGCAAUAUUUUUUGCGGAAGGGCCUGUGAAGUCACGUUGCUUAGAAAAGGAAAAAGCUCUUGCGUUACUCGAAACAGUUGAAAAUUUCCUCACCAAAGCAAGAGACGCUUAUCCAUCUUGCAAAAAGAAUUUAAAUACUACCGAGGAGGCAGGAUGUGACAAUGAAAAGUCUUUGGCUUACAUUGAAAUCUCAAAGAAACUGAUUUCUGACGUAAAAGAAAACUUCCCAUCAUGUUCCAAACAUAUUAAAGAUGACGAUCAAGAUGACAUAAAAGAGAAGAAGUUCAGGGAUUGCUCCGAAAUUUUAGCAAAUGGGCGCAAUAAAAGUGGAAUCUACACAAUAUGGCCGAAUUAUUCCCCAGCGGAGAAACCGUUGAAAGUCUAUUGCGAUAUGGAGACAGAUGGCGGAGGGUGGACGAUGAUUCAAAGAAGAAGAAAAUUCCUCAUUCAACAAGAUUUCAAUCUGGACUGGGAAAGCUAUAGGAAUGGUUUUGGGAAUUUAACGCAAGAGUUUUGGUUAGGUAAUGAAAACAUACGUGUUUUGUGUCUGAAAGGAUGCAGAAUACGUUUCGAUUUCGUAGACAGGCAUGGAGUGAAACGUUUCGCUGUCUACGAGAAAUUCAAUUUGAAAGACAGCAAUUACACCAUUGAUAUCAGUGGCUAUUCAGGAAAUGCAACUGAUGCAAUGAAGAAUCAUAAUAGAAACCAAUUCUCUACAAAAGACAGAGACACCAGUAAGAAAGCAAACCUUUAUCAGUCAGGAUGGUGGCAUGGAUCAUAUUAUUCUUGUAAUUUAAAUGGCAUCUACGAACUAGGCGAACAUGGUCUGCAAUACGUUUAUUGGUGGAAAGAAGCUAAUGACUAUUUCAAUUUGUUAUCCGUGGAGAUGAAGGUGAAACCAAACUAAAACGAUUAUGCUAUAUAUGAACAUUCUGAAUUCAUGUAGAUCCUUACUGCUGUAUUAUAAUACAAUUAGGAUCUAUGAAAAUCUUUUUUAUUUGUAUUGAAACUGUAAAAAAUUUUAUUUGAAAUUAAAG